UGAUUUACGAUAUUCUUUUCGUUUACACAAGAAUCGUGACAGAGUGACCUAUAACAAUAAACUCUCAUCUUAAUCUUGUACUUAAUUCGCUCGACGAGCUCAAUCAAUCAAUUUUAUGCUCGAUAGGACAUAGAAACCAAAUGUUUAUCAGUCUCGCAGAAAUUAAUCCUAUCUAUUGUUGUGUAUGUGCAAACGAGAAUUCACAGAUAUUUAUAAUAAUUUGCACGAUAUUACGUGAUUCUGCGUUUACUAAGUAAAAUUCGUACAUACGAUGGCUUAAGGUUUGAGGUGUCGAUGAACAAAACAAAGGUUAGCUGAAAUUUAAGCUGAUACAAUGGCUCUGGGUACGAUAUUGCAGAAAGCUAUAGAUCUAGUUACCAAAGCUACAGAAGAAGACCGCAAUAAAAAUUAUGAAGAGGCACUUAGGUUGUAUGAACAUGCCGUCGAAUAUUUCCUGCAUUCUAUUAAAUAUGAAGCACAAGGAGACAGGGCCAAGGAAAGUAUAAGAGCAAAAUGUACACAGUAUCUAGAAAGAGCUGAGAAGCUGAAAGCAUAUUUGAAAAAGGGCAAGAAGAAACCGGUGAAAGCGGGUGAAGAUAACUCCAAAACAGAAGAUAAGAAAAGCGAUAGCGGUGACAGUGACACAGAUAGUGAUCCUGAGAAGAAGAAACUUCAAAGUAAGCUAGAAGGUGCAAUAAUUAUCGAGAAACCGGAUGUAAAGUGGAGUGACGUUGCUGGUUUGGAUGGAGCCAAAGAAGCACUGAAGGAAGCUGUUAUAUUACCAAUACGUUUUCCCCAUCUGUUUACCGGAAAACGGAUACCAUGGAAGGGUAUCUUACUGUUUGGGCCACCAGGUACUGGUAAAUCCUAUUUAGCGAAAGCUGUCGCGACAGAAGCCAAUAACUCGACUUUCUUUUCCGUCUCUUCUUCGGAUUUGGUGAGCAAAUGGCUCGGCGAAUCCGAGAAACUUGUAAAAAAUUUAUUCGAACUCGCUCGUCAACACAAGCCUAGCAUUAUAUUUAUCGAUGAGGUCGAUUCAUUAUGUUCGCAACGUUCCGAUAACGAGUCCGAAUCCGCGAGAAGGAUAAAAACGGAGUUUCUAGUUCAGAUGCAAGGUGUGGGAUCGGAUAAUGACGGAAUACUGGUACUGGGCGCCACUAAUAUACCCUGGGUACUGGACUCUGCUAUUAGAAGAAGAUUCGAAAAGAGAAUUUACAUUCCUUUACCCGAUGAGCAAGCUCGAGCUAUAAUGUUCAAACUUCAUCUAGGAAACACUUCUCACUGUUUAACAGAAGAAGACUUUAAGAAAUUAGCAGCUGCCACUGAUGGAUAUUCCGGCGCUGAUAUAAGUAUUAUCGUACGAGAUUCGCUCAUGCAACCAGUUAGACAAGUUCAGACCGCAACGCAUUUUAAACGUGUAAGGGGACCGUCACCGAAGGAUCAUUCCGUCAUCGUCGAUGAUUUACUGACGCCAUGCUCGCCGGGAGAUCCCGCAGCCAUUGAAAUGAAUUGGAUGGAAGUCGACGGUGAUAAACUUUAUGAACCACCAGUCACUAUGAAAGACAUGAUGAAAUCGUUGGCGACUACCCGUCCCACAGUGAACGAGGAAGACAUGGCGAAAUUGGAGAAAUUCAAGGAGGAUUUCGGUCAAGAAGGUUGAUGCCCAAGUUUGUUAACGAAAUUGCUGUACACUUCGGGUGUAACUUUCAAUUAUACACGCACUUGCCUUACGUCUUGUUUGAUUACCAAUAUUGCUAUACAUAGUAUUUGUACAAAAACACCAUGUCAGAUUUUGAUUUCCAAUGUUUUCUAUUUUCUUUUUCCUUCGACGAUCAUUGCCCGAUAACGUCGCAAGCUUGAGCUUACCAGAAAGCACCGUUUUUCGAAGCUAACAUCAAAUCGACAGAAUUAGCGAUAUAUACAUACAUAUAUAUUUUGAGAUAAAGAUUUGUUAGAGUUUUAGUCAGCGAAGAAAAAAACAAUAGACUGUUUCUUAUUCAGACAUGUGUACGGAUAAAAAUUGAUGAGCCGCGCGGUCUAUGAAGUAUAGCGUUUUAACUUAUAUAAAUAUCGCUAUAAGUUUUUCUUGUACCUAACAAAUUAAUUGUACAUUACGUAGGUUUAAUAAGUACUUCUGAUUAAUGUUUAUGAUAAACGAUUAGCAAUUUAUUUGUAUGUUUUAUAUAAUUUCGAUUUUUGUUUAACGACAUCUAUUUACUGCGAAUAACCGAUUUCAAAUUGUACGUAAUUGCGAUUACAUGUAGUAUAUGAUAUGUGUGUACGUAUUUCAAAUAAGCAGACUACCCUUUCCAUGUAAAUUGUUUUUAUUGUUAAUUAAAUAAAUAACAAGCUGUACAAGAUCCAA